UCGUCGGCUCGUCGCCAAGUCAGUCCGUUCCCUUUCGGCAGUUCUCUUCUUCCGGGGAGAGAGGAGGAGCAGCGGAGCAGCGCUGCCGCGAUGGACCGCGUCCAGUUCGUGCUACUGGGCCUCCCCAUCCUCCUCUUCUGCUCCGACGUCGUUACCCUCUUCGCGCCGCUGCCGCCGGCGGCCCCCCAGCCCGACCACCAGUCGCGCCCGGGCCCCUCCGCCGUCCUGCCCGGCGACCCCUCCGCCGCCGACGCUUCUGCGCAGGCGGAGACGCAGGUGGAUGGACCUGGCUCCGGCACCACCGUCGACUUGAAGUUUUGCGCCUCCUGCUCGUACAGGGGAACUGCAAUGACCAUGAAGCGGAUGCUGGAAACUUCAUUUCCUGGGAUACAUGUUGUGUUGGAAAAUUAUCCUCCACCAUUCCCCAAACGUGCACUCAGCAAAGCUGUUCCUCUUCUUCAAGUUGGAGCCAUGGCAACAUUAAUGGCUGGUGAUCAGAUCUUCCCUAGAUUCGGAAUGGUUCCGCCUCCAUGGUACUACUCACUGCGUGCUAAUAGAUUUGGAACCAUGGCAUCAAUCUGGCUGUUUGGCAAUUUCGCUCAGUCAUUUCUACAGAGCUCUGGUGCCUUUGAAGUUUAUUGCAAUGGGCAAUUGGUUUUCUCAAAACUGUCUGAGCAGAGGUUUCCCCGUGAGCUUGAGCUACAUGAGCUCAUUGGCAACAGGAUACAGGAUUCUCAGGAGCUCAUUAGCAACAAGAUACCGGAUUCUCAGGUUGGGGAAAACCUGGAAAAGGAUCUGGUCUUAGAUGAUGGCAAUGGCUAUGAUGAUGAUGCCGCUAUACUCUAGUUUCACCCAUUUUGUUACUAAAUAGACAGUGUCACAACUUUAUUGUCAAACACACAAUGUCCUAGAAUUCUAGACUCUUAUUUUCCCCACUUAUGUACAUGUGUAUACCAUGACUAUAUGUAAUAACAAGCUGAAGUCCUAUGAACUCUGAACCACCAGAGAUUGCAA